AGAGCGGGCCGGCCGGGGCCAUCAGCGCGUGAGUUACAGCUUUAAACCCCUGAUAUCCGCAUCAGUUUUCAAUUAUGGUUAGAUAGCGAAGGCCCAAAGCUAGGAUCGAUGAGAAGAGAGACUCUCCCUGGGAGAGCUAGCUAGCCUAGCCACUAGCCAGCGUAUAGUAGUAGCUUUCGGGCGCCUAUAUAUACGUGGUGCUAACUGCUACAUGCGUAUGCAUAUAUUGGCGGCCACUUUCUCCCCCCCCCCCCCCCCCCCCCCCGCGAGCGCACGCAGAGUGCAACUGGGGGAUUUGAUAGAAGAGUCGUAGUGGAGAACUGGAGAGAUACGGUUACUGGGAGGCGAUGGUGGUGCUGAUCCGGGAGUACGACCCUUCGACGGACCGCGAGGGCACGGAGGCCGUCGAUCGGGACUGCGAGGUCGGGCCGACGGGCGGGAUGUCGCUCCACGCCGAUCUCCUCGGCGACCCCGUCGCCCGCAUUCGCCACUCGCCGGCCUACCUCAUGCUGGUAGCUGAGACGUCUGGUGGGCCUGGCGGGCGCCGGAUCGUCGGCGUCAUCCGCGGCACCGUGAAGCCCGUCGCCACGGGCAAGCAUCAGAGCUGCGCCCCCGCCUUCGCCAGCGUCGGCUACAUUCUCGGCCUCCGCGUCUCGCCUUCCCACAGGAGGAUGGGCAUCGCGCUGGAGCUGGUGCGGCGGCUGGAGCAGUGGUUCGCGCUGAGGGGCGCCGAGUACGCGUACAUGGCCACGGAGAAGUCCAACGAGGCCUCGCUGCGGCUCUUCACGGGGCCCAAGCUCGGGUACUCCAAGUUCCGCACGCCGUCGCUCCUCGUGCACCCCGUGCACGCGCACCGGCUGCGCCCGCCGCGCCGCGUCACGGCCCUGGUCCCGCUGGACGCGCUCGACGCCGAGAAGCUCUACCGCCGCCGGUUCGCGCGCGACGUCGAGUUCUUCCCCACCGACAUCGGCGCCGUGCUCGGAAACACGCUCUCCCUGGGCACCUUCCUCGCCGUCGUCGUAGGCGCCGAAGACGCCAGCAAGAAGUUCGAGUGGCGGGGCGUGGAGCAGUUCCUGGCGUCGCCGCCCGCGUCGUGGGCGGUGGCGAGCCUGUGGGACUGCGGGGGCGUGUUCCGGCUGGAGAUGCGCGGCGCGUCGCGCGCCCGGCGCGCCCUGGCCGCGGCGAGCCGCGCGCUGGACAGAGCCGCAAAGUGGAUGCGCGUGCCCUCGGUGCCGGACUUCUUCCGCCCCUUCGCGGGCUGGUUCGCGUACGGGCUCGCGGGCGAAGGGGACGAAGCCCCGCUGGCGGCCAAGGCCCUGCUGGCGUCGUUCGUCAACAUGGCGCGCGGCAGGGCUGCCGCCGUGGCAGUCGAGGUGGCGGCCUGCGACCCGCUACGGCGCCGGCUGCCGCACUGGCGCCGGCUCUCCUGCACGGAGGACCUCUGGUGCAUGAAGCGGCUGUGGGGCGGCGAGGAUGACGUGGACGGCUGGGAUUGGGCCAAGUCGGCGCCUGGACUCUCCAUCUUCGUGGACCCCAGAGAGGUGUGAUUGACUCAGCAGCGACCGGGACGACGACGACUACUAGAGCUAGAGCUAGAGCUAGGCUUCAGAUUUUUUUGGCCUUUGGGACGUUUUGGUAUUUUUAACCUUUUUGGAUGGAUUUAGCAGCUUCGUUCUUCUUUUCAAUGGGUAGUUUUGGUAGUCGAGAUUUUGUAGGAACUGCUUUUUGUAGAAUCGGGAAGGCUGGGAAUCGAUCGAAUCGACGAGACAGAGGUGUGAUGCGGACGCAAAGAUGGAACAUAUCGUCAUGCAGUCCUAGAUACUACUCACAUUGAGUUAUCGCUCCUUA